CUAUAUUUUCUAUUUUAUACAACUAAAUUGAAGGCUUAUGACAGUUAUGACUCUUAUGAGUAUAUUUUUCUCACGUUAAUUUGUUUCAUAGCUUACUAAGGAAUCCAGCAAUGUUCUUGUCUAAGGAACCUUCUGUCAACUGUCCAGAGGAAUCUUCACAUGACUUAAGCACAGCACAAAAGAGACGAAUCAGACGCAAAAGGCUCCAGGCAGCCCGCACCACUAAUCCGAUCACCACCCAUCAAACCAUCAAUAUUAUUGACAGCAUCCGAAGAGAUAUCUCAUUCUUACAAGCCACAAACAGCUCCCUUGUACUAGAAAUAGACCCAUUGCCAAUCAAGUCUAAAUGCAAAAGUUACGAUCUAGAAAAACUUAUAAAGCCUAAAGAAGUUCAAGAAUCAAAGAUGUCUGCAACAGAAAAAUCUAGAGAGGAAGUUAAAGCUGCCAGAGAAGCUAAGAAACUAGCAAAACAGAAGAAGAAAGAGCCAGAACAGAAGGGACAAGAAGCAAAGGUUGCUAAAGAUCUAGCAGGCACAGAAAAAAAUGUUAAAGUAAGUCCUGUCAAAGGGAAAGAUGAGGUUGACAAGGCUGUAAUUCAUACAGAGAAAACUUUAGUUAGAGAAAGAAAUGUAGCAGUGAAAGAAGAAAUUAAGGCUAAAGCAGAUACAGUUACUAAACCAGCUGAAAAAACGGAUAAAACAGAAACUGCCACAUCCGCAGAUGAAAAGGCUAAAGAUCAAAUCAAAGCUGAAAGAGCAGCUAAGAAAGCAGCCAAGCAAGCUAAGAAGAAGGGGUCAGAAGGAGAUGCGCCUACAGGAGAUAGAGAGAUGACUGUUAAAGAUGUUGUAAAUACAUUGAAGGAUAUUGCCAUUGUAGCUAAAGAAGUACAGGAUGUAACUGCUAAGGUGCAGGCAAUACACUUGGAUGGCAAAAAGUCUCAGUCAACAGAAGAAUCAGGCAAAAGCAAAGCAGAGCUGAAGGCUGAACGGCGAGUGAAGCAAGAGGCUCAACGAGCAGCAAAACAGGCUGCCACUGCUGCCAAGCCUGCAGCCAAGCCCGCUGACAAGCCUAAAGAGACGACUAUACCAGCCCAGACAACUAUGGACAAGGAGAAAUCCCCCAAACCGAAGACAUUAGAGAAAGCCAAGCAGAAGCCGCAGGUGGCCCAGCGAGUGAGCUGGUUCCAGCACCUCAGUGUGGACUCGGACAAGCAGCAGAAAAUCCCCAUCAACUCCAACUUGCACCCCGCGAUCAUCAAGUUGGGCGUGCAGUUGUCUUCACGAGUGGUGUCCGGAUCCAACGCCAGGUGCAUAGCGUUGCUGGACGCUUUGAAGAAGAUGGUAUCAGACUACACCCUCCCGGCGCGCACGGAAUACGCCCGCGGCCUCGAAACGCACUUAAAGGAGAGCCUAACGUACCUGUGGGGCAUGCGACAACCCACGGCCUCCCAAGUGAACGCUGUCAAAUUCUUCAGGCACCAUUUGACGCAGCUGCCGCAUAAUGUCGACGAGUUUGACGCCAAGAAGAUACUGCAUGAAGAAAUAGACCGAUACAUACGGGAACAGAUCGACAUGGCGGGCGAAGCUAUCAGCAUCGCAGUCCGUAACAAGAUCUCGCACGGGGACAAGAUACUCACUUAUGGAUGCUCAUCCCUAAUAGAGCGCAUCUUCCGCGAAGCGUGGGCCGCGGGCGUCAAGUUCGAAGUGGUGGUAGUCGGCAACAGAAUACACCCCCAAGGCAGAGAGAUGCUGCGCCGAUUGGUCAAAUAUGGAGUGCCUUGUACAUAUCUGGACAUUACAGCUGCCAGUUACAUUAUGCAGAAGAUAAGUAAGGUCCUGUUCGGCGCGCAGGCGCUGCUGGCGGACGGGUCGGUGCGCGGCGCGCUGGGCACGGCGCAGCUGGCGCUGCUGGCGCGGGCGAGGAACGUGCCCGUGCUGGUGGCCGCCGAGACGCACAAGGUGUCCGCCCGGGUGCAGGCCGCGCCCGCUGACCACAACGAGCUAGGCGACCCCGACGACCUGAUCGACAAAUCCGACCCUGACUCGCCCCUGAAGGACUGGCGCAACAACCCCAACCUGACGCCGCUGAACCUCAUGUAUGACGUCACACCACCCAGCCUAGUCACCGCCGUGGUCACGGAGCUAGCCAUCCUGCCUUGUACUAGCGCCCCUGUCGUGCUUAGGUUUAAGUUGUCUGAGUAUGGUAUAGUGGCGGAGUAGAUUAGGUUACGUUUCUACCCUUUUAAGGCCGCGCGUGCGCGUGUGGCGUUGUAGUAUACAGAUCCUUAUGAGAGACGACACACCGCGUGCGUGUUGUGUGUGUGUGUUGCCGGUCUUUAGUUUCAAUAUAACUGUGAAAUCCGUAUGAUCUAUUAAUAGUACCAGUUGAGUUUUAUAAAAGUAAUGUUUUCGCGAAAUUGACUUUUACUAGGUAUGCCUGCGAAAAAAGAAAGCAACUGUCUAUUUUAAUCGAAACGCCUAGAUACGUUGCAAUAGAAAUAAAGUUGGUAAUACUUUACAUGUGCUUACAUUACACUAAACUUUUCUAGUAAUCUGGUUCGAAGGACCAAAAAACAACUUGCCUAGGAGAGACAAAAUGCCAAACUAAAUGGUCAACAUUAACUGUAGGAGAGUGGUGCUAUGGAUUUGAACAUGGAGAAUAUUUUAUCAUACUUUUGUCCUUAUUCAGAGCUUGUAGGGAUUAUGGACAUAAUAUGGUGUAAAUUUAAUAUAUUAUAAGCAACACUAACUUCUUUAGAAGUAGGAAGAUAUAAUGGUUUAGCUUUCUAAUCCAAUAUCAGUCAGUAUAAUAAAAUUGUACUUACCUACUCAAUCUGUUGCAAUAACGAAAAACCGGGCAAGUGCGAGUCGGACUCGCGCACGAAGGGUUCCGUACCAUAAAGCAAAAAAAAAACGGAAAAAAUGAAAAAAGAAAACGGUCACCCAUCCAAGUACUGACCACGCCCGACGUUGCUUAACUUUGUAUUUGUUGUUAUAGCGGCAACAGAAAUACAUCAUCUGUGAAAAUUUCAACUGUCUUAACUGUCACGGUUCGUGAGAUACAGCCUGGUGACAGACGGACGGACGGACAGCGGAGUCUUAGUAAUAGGGUCCCAUUUUACCCUUUGGGUACGGAACCCUAAAAAGGGACACUGUUUAUGUAGUUAUUCUGAAAUGAAUGGUUUUGUCACAUAGAUGUUUCGGUUUAUUUAUCCUAUAUAAGCACACUGUGUUGUCUUAGCUUUUAUAUGGUUCAUAGUUGUUCCUAAUUUGUGAAUACUCCAUUUUCAAAGAGUUGCAACAUAAGCUCAAAUGUAUAAAUUAUUGAAAUACUUUUAAAUGCUGUUAAUUUUAUUUUGUGUUUGUCUCUGUUAUUGAGUGUAUGAAUUCUGUCUCAAUGUAUACUUAGUAGCAGCUGUGUAACUACAUAUUUCUUCUUAAAAAUUAUCAGCCUAUGUAUGGG